UGGAUUUGAGUUUUAAACCGAACCAAACCGGACCCUAACCGAUACAAAAACCAGAGACCAGACAUUUUGUAGAAUUAGAGCACCAGCUCUUCCUUUUCCUCUCGCCGUGGCCAUGGCAACAAUCCGCAUGAUAGACAUAGCCGUCAACUUCACAGAUGGAUGUUCAGAGGAGUAUACAAUGGAAAGCAGUGCCAUGUCUCGGACAUAGCCACGGUUUUGAGCAGGGCUUGGACUGCCGGCGUCGACCGCAUUAUCGUCACUGGUGGAUCACUUGAGGAAUCAAAGGAAGCUCUAACAAUUGCGGAAACCGAUGCAAGGCUUUUUUGUACGGUUGGUGUGCACCCCACUAGAUGCAAGGAAUUUGAAGAGAGUGGGGAUCCGGAUAAGCAUUUUCAGGCGCUUCUGUCAUUGGCCAAAGAGGGCAUUGAGAAAGGAAAGGUGGUUGCAAUUGGUGAGUGUGGACUGGACUAUGACAGGCUUCAGUUUUGCCCAGCAGAGAUCCAAAAAAAGUAUUUUGAGAAGCAGUUUGAAUUGGCACACGCCACUAAGCUUCCCAUGUUUCUGCAUAUGCGUGCAGCUGCUCCAGAUUUCUGUGAAAUUGUACAGCGAAAUAGGGGCAGAUUCAGCGCUGGGGUGGCCCACUCAUUUACUGGUUGUGCAGAAGAUCGUGAUAAACUUCUUUCCAUCAACAACAUGUAUAUAGGAGUAAAUGGUUGCUCUCUGAAGACAACCGAGAAUCUCGACGUUGUGAGGGACAUUCCUAUUGAGAGGAUGAUGAUUGAGACAGACUCUCCAUAUUGUGGAAUCAAGAACACAAGUGCUGGGAUUAAAUUUGUGAAGUCCAUUUGGCCUUCGAAGAAGAAAGAGAAGUAUGAUCAGGAGUGCAUUGUUAAAGACCGCAAUGAACCGUGUUUGGUUCGGCAAGUUCUUGAGGUGGUAGCUGGUUGUAAAGGUAUCAAUGACAUAGGUCAGCUGAGCCGGACAUUGUAUCACAACACUUGCAGGGUUUUCUUUCCUCAGGAUUUGGAUUCUGCAGCAGAUUCUCUACUUGAUGGUCAUGACCCUCAGUGAUAAAGCCAAACUCCUUCGUGCCGAAGGUUAUUCAGUUCCUCUUUUUUAUUGGGAUGGCAAUACGUAACCCUCUUCUUUUUCUUCUAAAAGUGACAUACUCAACAACAUCGAUGGAUAGUAGGGAAAUUAGUUAAACUGCAUUCUGUAUUUAUUUGCUAGCUGCCUCUGGCUAGGAGUUGGGAGUUUUCCUAAAUUUGCUUAAGAGAUUAAUUUGUUUGUUCUC